AAAUAUCAUAUCUCGUGUCAGUCUGAAUUUAAUUCAGAAUUUAUCUUGAUUGUUCUCAAUAAGUUACUCAUAUACGAAAAAUUUUACUACAAAUAUAUCCUCUUAAUCCACUACGAUUAAUCAUCAGUAAGAUUUUACUGAUUUAUGUUUAAGGUAUGAUUGUUUAAUAAAAUAAAAAUCUUAUCAAUUCAUUAUCCAUCGUCAUGGGUGCAAACAGCAGUAAAAAAUUAGCAGCCAAAUGCUCAUUUUUGUCUAAAGAUGAACAACUGAUUGUUAGCAAUUCUUUUAAACUGGCAAGUAAGAAUUCGGAAAGGAUUAAAGAAGAAGAACUUACCAAAUUAUGGGGUAAUCAGAUGGAUCCAAGACUUCUACAAUAUCUGAAUAAUUAUCUAUUUGGUAUUGGAGAUCAGAGACAAAGUACAGUGGACUUGGAAAGGUUUGCUGAAUUAUUUGUUUUUUGUACUAGAGGAACAGUGGAUGAAAAGAUGAAAGUUCUUUUAAUAUCAUUAGGAAAAUCAGACAGUGAGAGUAAUGAUAUACCAUACAUAUUAGUUAAAGAGUACGUAGAAAGUAUAGUUGCAUCAUACAUGAAAAUUCAAAAGUUGAGCAAUACUAAACAAUUUAGAAGUUGGUUCUCUCGAGGUUGCUUUACAUCCGCACAGAAUAUCCAACGGUUUGCUGAAAGCUUGACUCAUGAACUGGCCACAGGAGAAAGUAUUACGAGAAGGGCUUUAGAAGUGUGGCUUCAGGGUGCCACUAUUCUCGGACAACUUCUUACAUUUGUCUCCAUGUACCUUUUUAAUAUAUCCCAUAAAGAAAAAGGAGCAGUGACAAAUGAGAAACCUGGGCCAAUUCAAAGUGAAGAACAAGUAACCACAACUGAAAAAGAAAAAGACAGAAGUUUGGUACCGUUUUGUCGAGGACUGGAUCUGAUUCCGUCCUAUCCUAGUAUUUUAGAUCUUAAUCAGAUAGUAUUUAUAAAUGCCAACCUCCCUCAGCAGUACCAGUUAGAAUGGAGAUUUCUCUUCAGCUCUGAAAUUCAUGGGGAAUCUUUUUCGACAUUAAUUGGCAGAAUAGUUAAUCAAGGACCUUCUGUGUUAAUCGUAGAGGAUCGAAAUGGUUACAUGUUUGGAGGCUUUGCCCCAGCAAAUUGGGAGCUAGGGCCGAAAUUUUUUGGAGACGAUAGUAGUUUUUUGUUUACCUUGGCACCGCGUAUGAGAGUAUUUCCCUCUACAGGUUACAAUCAGCAUUUCCAAUAUCUUAAUUUGCACCAGCAAACUUUACCUAAUGGUUUGGCCAUGGGUGGUCAGCAUGGAUAUUGUGGUCUUUGGAUCGAUAGUGAAUAUGGUAAAGGCCAUACUAGUGAGUCCUGCACCACAUAUUCAGGCUAUCAACAAAUGUCUCACUCCAAGGAAUUCUCAUUUCGACAUUUGGAAGUUUGGGGUUUGGGUUCUCCCCCACCAACCCCUCAGGAGAAAGGUGAAAGAGUCGGAAUGUCCGUAUUGGAUAGUAACACAGAAAGUAAAGCAAUAUUAAAAUUGGCAGGGAAGACGAUGCACAGUGAGGGCUACAGAGAGAAGUCUCCUCUUUAGAUAAACAAAAUAUAUUUGUGUGCUAAAAAUGCCUUAUAUUUCCUCUAGUCUAUUCAGAAAAGAGUGAUAUUUUCUUGUAUUUGAGCAGCUUUGUGGGGAAGCAGAUCUAAUGUUGAAUUUACCAAACAAAAAGAAAAUGUAUGUAGUGGGGUCAUAUUAAUUCACAAUAACGUUAAUACAAUUGCAACUUCAGUCUCAAACGUAUUUCAAAUUUAAAUUUUCUUUCUAUAUGUAUGGGUCACCCACAACUGGUGGUUGACAGGAAAACAGAAAGAGAAAAUAGUAAAUUAUAAGCAAGGAUUUUUAUAGCAUGAUAUUAUAAAUAUUUGACUUAAAAUUCCAUCUUGGUUAAUUCACUGUAUUAAGGACUGUGGUGCCAUCAAAAUGAUUUAUUCCAGUUUCAUAUUUUUCUAAAUAUUCAUUACUGACACCAGGACCGGCGCCAGGGUAUUUGGCACCUGAAGCAAAUGUUUGUUUGCCGCCUUAAGAAAAUAUAUAUACAAGUUACUAUGGUUGGAACAAA